GUCAGUUGCUCCGGAAGAGGCUGGCGGCGGGACAUUCAAACCGUAGUGUAAACACAAGAGCUCAGCGGCCGCAGCGAUCCGGGAGAGAUGGGGACCAGAGCCGGGCCCGGGCCGCCCAACAACGGGUAUGAGCGCCUCACAGCCGAUGAGAUGGAUGAGCAGAGGCGACAGAACAUUGCUUACCAAUACCUAUGUCACUUGGAGGAGGCGAAACGGUGGAUGGAAUCCUGUAUGAAUGAGGAGCUGCCGCCCCCCUCUGAGCUGGAGGAAAGCUUGCGCAAUGGAGUCACUCUCGCCAAGCUGGGGAAUUUUUUCGCCCCAGAGCUUGUUCCUCUGAAAAAAGUCUAUGACUGUGACCAGAUGCGAUACAAGGCGGCAGGACUUCAUUUCCGGCACACGGAUAACAUCAAUCACUGGCGACGGGCCAUGUGUCACAUUGGGCUUCCUACGAUGUUCCAGCCUGAGACAACUGACAUAUACGACAAGAAGAACAUGCCACGUGUUGUAUACUGCAUCCACGCUCUCAGUUUAUAUCUAUUUAAGCUGGGACUGGCUCCCCAAAUACAGGACUUAUAUGGAAAAGUGAAUUUUACAGAGGAGGAAAUCAAUAACAUGAAGUGUGAGCUGGAUAAGUACGGAAUCCAGAUGCCGGCGUUCAGCAAAAUCGGGGGAAUCCUCGCUAACGAGCUGUCGGUGGAUGAGGCGGCAGUGCACGCUGCCGUCAUCGCCAUUAACGAAGCCGUGGACAGACGGGUAACGCAGGACACUAUGGCCGCUCUGCGGAACCCAAAUGCUGUGCUGCUGAACCUUCAAGAGAAGCUGGCAGCGGUGUACCAGGAGCUUCUCUUUCAAGCCAAGUCCACAAAGACGGCAAACGCCCGAAAUAAGGCUGCGCAGAAGACCUCCGACAGCCAGGAUAUAUAUGACAGUUGCCUGACUCAGGCUGAAAUACAGGGGAACGUCAACAGAGUCAAUGUACACGCGGCUUUAGAGUACGUGGAUGAAGCGUUGGAGAGAAAGGACGCGCUGGGUCUCUACACAGCUCUUCAGGAUUCCGCCCUCUUACUGCGCAGGUUACAGCGGGAGAACGCAGAAUGCUACCUGGAGCAACUCGCCAGUGAUCGGGAACAAAAAGCCAUUGAGCUGAGCUAUAUGGACCUCCUGGAGAAGGAGGAGCUGCAAGCUGGGGUGGAUGCGGCCAAUCAGAAUGCCAGCCGUGAGCACGCCACGGAACUGGCUGUCUCCCGCAUCAACACCGCUCUCCGCAACGGAAACGCAGCGCAGACCGCGAAAGAGCUCUCUAACCCUGACGCCCAGCUCCCAGACAUCUAUCCGUUUGCAUCACAGCUGUACCAACAGGAGCUUUCCGUUCUGCAGGGACAGAGUCCUCGGGGCUUCUUGGUGCAGGAGGAACUGUUUGUGGCUGUGGAGAUGCUGUCUGCCGUGGCGCUUACCAACCGAGCCCUAGAAGCCGGCGAUCUGAAUGCUUUCUGGGCCACUCUGGUUAGCUCUGCUCUAGGCCUGUCCGAGGUGGAGGAGGAGAACAUACAAAGGUAUUUCAACAAACUGUCCAAACGAAAACGGCGCUCCCAGGGCCCCUCGGAGUUCUUCAGCUGGAAUGAUCUACAGUCCUGUGUGAGUAACAUCAACCUCCACACACAAGAAGAACACGACAAAAUUCUGGCAGUAAGCCUCAUCAACGAGGCUCUUGAACAGGACAACCCCCAGAAAACCUUUACUGCCCUCCUGAUGCCGGCAGCGGGGCUCUCAGAUGUCACACUUCCAGUCGCCAGUCUGUACCACCAGAUCCUGACCAGUGCGCUACAGCACAAAAAGAAGAUGACGCAGGAUGCCUCAGCCGUGCUCUGGUUAGAGGUGAUCCAGCAAGGUGUGUCUACGGCCAACCAGGAGAACGCCGGAGCCAGGAAAAUGGCUCUGGGCAUAGCAGCCGCUAACCAAGCCGUCAAGGAAGGGAAAGCGUCCCAGACCCUGCGUGUCCUACGUAACCCGGAUGCAUUACUGUGUGGGGUGGUCAAAGAUUGUGCAGAGGCCUAUCAGACUGAACUUGGCGGAAUAAUGGACGCAAAAAGAAAACGGGGUGAUGUGACCAAUUAUUGGGUAAGGCACAAGGUAAAGGAUAGAACCGACUAUUUCUUCCACUUGCGCACAUUUGAGGGGACCUGGGACUGUCCGCCAGGCUUCAGUUCCAGCACCACGCACCUGUCCCGGGAGGAAAUUCAGUCGGCUAUCAACAGAGUAACAAGAGGUUUCCAGCGGGAGAAGCAGUGGGAGGCCAGCUCGGACAUUCUGGUGAAGCUGCAGGCACGCAUGAGGGGUUACCUGGUCCGUAAGGCCUUCUCAGAGCGGACACAUCUGCUGCUCAAGAAAGUGCCGGCUGUCACCCUGAUACAGGCACACUGGCGCGGUUACAGGCAGCGACAGGCUUACCUGCAGAGACUGCGCUACUUACGUAGGAAUGUAGACGCCGUUGUUAAGAUCCAGUCAUGGGUGAGAAUGUGGCUUGCCAGGAAACAACAUCGAGCAAGACUUCGGUUUUUCAAAAGGAACAUUGCCAGUAUAAUAAAAAUCCAGGCUUUUUUCCGGGCCAGCAAAGUCAGAGGGGACUACAGGAUGCUGGUCCAUGCCAAGAACCCCCCUCUGAGUACUCUUCGUAAGUUUGCCCACCUUCUGGAGCAGAGCGAGCGGGACCUCUGGGAGGAGCGGGAGGUCAUGAAACUGAGGGAGGAGGUGGUUAAGAAGAUCCGUUCUAAUCAGCAUCUGGAGAAUGACCUCAACCUGAUGGACAUAAAGAUCGGUCUACUGGUGAAGAACCGGAUCACUCUACAGGAAGUGGUUUCUCAUUGUAAGAAACUCACCAAGAAAAACAAAGAGCAACUCUCAGACCUGAUGGCCAUCGAUAAGCAGAAAGGGUUGAAGUCUCUGAGCAAGGAGAAGCGUCAGAAGCUGGAGGCCUAUCAGCACCUCUUCUACCUGUUACAGACUAACCCAGAGUACAUGGCCAGACUGAUCUUCCAGAUGCCACAGAACAAGUCCACCAAAUUCAUGGAGUCCGUAACCUUCACACUAUACAACUAUGCGUCUGAUCGCAGGGAAGCCUACCUGCUGCUCAAGCUGUUCCGCACCGCUCUGCAAGAGGAGAUAGACUCCAAGGUGGAUAGAAUACAAGAUAUCAUAACCGGGAACCCCACAGUCGUACGUUUGCUGGUGAGCUUUUACCGCAGUGCCAGAGGACAGAACGCCUUGCGCCAGAUCCUGGGGAACGUGGUGAAGGAGGUUUUGCAGGACAAAACCAUAAACAUUCGCAUCAACCCAGUGGAGACCUACAAGAGCUGGGUCAACCAAGUGGAAACGCAGACGGGCAAUAAGAGUACUCUGCCAUAUGACGUGACUCCGGAGCAGGCGCUCACCCACCCCGAGGUUCAGAGACGGCUCGAUAUCUCCAUACGUAACCUCCUCUCGGUGACGGACAAGUUUUUCUCCACUAUCUGCGCCAAUGUGGACCAGAUACCCUAUGGAAUGCGCUAUAUUGGUAAAGUUCUGAAAGAUUCUCUAAGUCAGAAGUUCCCGAAGGCCAGAGAGGAGGAUAUACACAAGAUUGUGGGGAAUUUGCUCUAUUAUCGCUUCAUGAACCCGGCUGUGGUGGCACCUGACGCCUUUGACAUCGUGGAUAUAUCAGCGGGUGGAACUAUCCAUCCAGACCAAAGACGAACGCUGGGCUCCAUUGCCAAGGUCCUCCAGCAUGCCGCGGCUAACAAGAUGUUCGAUGAUUCUCAUCUUGGCCUCGUCAACCAGUAUUUAGAGGUGACUCACUGGAAGUUCAGGAAAUUUAUCCGCACUGCUUGCAAUGUCCCAGAACCAGAAGACCGCUUUAAUAUAGAUGAGUAUUCGGAGAUGGUCAAUACCAUCAAACCUGUCAUCUACAUUACUGUUGGGGAAUUGAUCGAUACACACAAGUUGUUACUGGAACACCAAGAUGCCAUUGCCCCUGACCACAAAGAUCCAAUACAUGAGCUUCUGGAAGAUCUAGGAGAGCUGCCCACGGUACAUUCUCUAAUUGGCGAAAGCACCACUAACCUGCAUGACGCUGCCUCCGAACACGCUUUGGCCCAGCUCCGGAAACUGGAGAUGUCUCUUACACUCACAAACAAGUUUGAUAUGAUGGAGACCAACGCAGAAGAGAUGAGUACCCACGGCCUGCUACUCAGCACCAAGCACAUGCUGCUGGACAUCCUCCAGUCCCAGCCUGUGGACUCCCUAGCAGAGCUCCUCAACAUCUCUGCCUCCACACAGCAGGAAGCCUCACACUACAACUUAAUGCACCAGCGAGCCCUCCAGGACGCCCAGACGCCUGAGAAGAUGAGACGACAUCGAUCGCUGCUGGGCAACUGUCAGUUGUCUAUCGAGGACAAGAAGCGCAAGAUUAUCCGUAAUUUACGCAAACUAGAGAGCCUGGGACUGGUGUCCUUCGAUAAUCAGUAUCAGGACAUAAUCAAUAUGAUCGCUAAGGACAUACGGAAUCAGAGGAGAUAUCGGCAGCACAGGAAAGCUGAGCUGGUGAAGCUCCAGCAGACCACGCAGAGGCUGCACUGCAAGACUGCCUUCCAUGAGGAGCAGAUCGAUUUCUACAGUCAGUACAUCAAGACUUGUCUGGACAACCUCAGGGCCAACCAGAAGCCUACGGGAAAGAGUAAGAAGCAGAACACUCUGAACUACACCGCCACCAGGCUGCGCGAGAAAGGCGUCUUACUGGAGAUAGAAGAUCUACCCUUCAGCCAGUUCCGCAAUGUCAUCUUUGAAAUCACCCCCAGUGAGGAAGCUGGGAAGUUCCAAGUGAAGACCAAGUUCUUGGGAGUUGACAUGGAAAAGUUUCAGUUGAACUAUCAGGAUCUCCUCCAGCUGCAGUACGAGGGAGUGGCUGUUAUGAAGAUGUUCGAUAAAGCAAAGAUCAACGUGAACCUUCUCAUCUUCCUCCUAAACAAGAAGUUCUUCCGGAGUUAAACCCAUGAAACACCUCACUGAGAGAUCGGCUCUGCUUUCUGCAUCACUUGAGCCCUAGGGCCCUACCUACCGCACACUUGCAUGGCUUGCCUAGAUGUGUGAGGACAGCCCUCUAGUGGAGAAGAGAUCAACUGCAGCUAAUGUACUGUAUCUGCUUGAACCACAGUUUUUAAUCCCAGAAUUAAUGUAAAUGCUGCAGAUUAUUAAUAUUAAUCUAACGAGAGAUGUGCUGCUUUAUUCCCGUAGACACUUUAUUGCCUUUUACGUAAUCAUGGUCUGUUGAUAGCUGGUGUGUUCUCUUGAAACCUCUAGUUAAAUGUCUAUCAAAAUGGAAUUUUGCUGGAGUCUAUUGGGCAUAUAUAUCAAAGCUUGGAGAGCGUCCAACCAAUCCGCUCCUGUCAUUUUUUUUUUUUUUUUUCAAACACAGCCUGUAACAGGGAAUUUAGGAGCUGAUUGGCUGGUUCUUUAUCUGUCUCCAC